AUGAAUUUAUAGACAAUUAAACUUUAUUUCGAUAAAAGAAAAAUAAUAUAUAUUUGUAUUAAUGAAUUCCAGUCAAAAGUAUUAUUUAUAUUUAUUAUUAAAAUAGAUGAAACAUCAUUAUGAAAGUGAUGAAGAUGAUGAAGAGUUGAAGGUAAUGGAUCUGGUUCAUUUUAGGUUGGAGAUGUAAUAUAAGGAAGAUUCAGUAUAAGUUAGAAAAUUGGAGAGGGUUCUUUCGGGUAGGUUUAUAAAGUGAUAGAUCAGAAAAGUGGGGAUUAAGUGAUGGCAAUGAAAGUAGAAAUAGAGGAAGAGGAUUAUAGUAUGUUAGAGAAGGAAAUUAAAGUAUUGAUAGAGAUGAGGUAGAUAAUAAGAUGAUAAUUAUUAGAAAAAAAACUGGAUUCCCUUAAAUAAAGUUUUAUGGAUAAGAAAAGAGAUUUACAUAUUGUAUAAUGACAAUGUUAGGAAAGAAUUUAGAAUCUGUAGUGAGAAAGUGUGGAGGCAAUUUUGAUUUGGGGACAUCUUUAAAGAUCGCAAUUCAAGUAAGUCAUUGAUACAAUAUAUAGUGAAUAGAUGAUAGAUAGAAUCGAAACCCUCCAUAAUUGUCGUUUCUUGCAUAGAGAUAUUAAACCUGAUAAUUUUGUACUUGAAGCAGGUCCAUCACCUAAAUUGAUUUAUUUGAUUGAUUUUGGACUUUCAAAACAUUAUAUUGUAAUUGAAUGUAAUUAAUAUAGAACUCAAAAGGGGAUCAUAUUCAAUAUAUUAAGAAAGCAGGUUUAAUUGGAACUGCCAGAUAUGCUAGUAUUAGUGCUCAUGAUGAAAUGGAAUAAGGAAGAAAGGAUGAUUUAGAAAGUAUUGGUUAUGUGUUGAUUUAUUUGGCAAGUGGUACAUUACCAUGGAUGAAUUUGCAGAUUGAAUAGAAAGAUUUAAAAUAUGCUAAAAUUCAUCAUAUGAAGAAAACAAUUAAACCUGAUGUUUUGUGUGCAAAAUUGCCUAGAGUAUUUAUUUUAAUUUAUAUAAUAAAAUAGUGUUUCACAAAGUUUAUGUAAGAUGUAAGAGGAUAUGAUUUUAAAUAAUAACCCAAUUAUUAACUAUUAAAGAGUUAUUUCUCAGAAGAAUUAGAAUAAAUUUAAAAAGAACGAAAAGGAUAAUUUUAGUAUGAUUGGGAAAAACUACCUGAGUAUUAAUAAAAGAAAAAGCAUCUUACAGUUCAUAUUAUGUAAUAAAGUAGUAAAGAGGAAAAAGUUAAUAUAGUCAAAUAGAAAGAACCUCCAAAAGUAAUUCCUUAAACUUUCGAAUAAAUUAUGCAAGAUACUAAGAAAAAGAAAAGCACUAAAAAAACAACUAGUCAUAAGACAAAAAAGAAAGAUCCAAUUAUGAUAAAUAUAGCAGAACCAGAGAGUCCUGCUUAAAUGCCAUCUUUUGGAUUAUUAAAUCUUAAGCCAUAUCAAUAAUAAAAUUCAUUUUUACAAAUACCUUAAUUAAACUCAAGUGGAUUAAUAGAUUAUUUACCUUCUUUGAAUCCCUCAGUAGCAACAUCUAAAAUGAAUAACUAUCAUCAAAGUGAAGAUGUUGUUAGUGAGGGUAGAUUGCCUAUUUGGGAAUUAGGAGAUGGUUAAAUUCCAGGAUUUUAAAAAAUGAUUGGUUAUGUAACAAAAGGAAUAAAGAAACCAAAUGCUGAUUUUUAAAGAAAAACUAGAAAAGCACAUACAUGUAUAUAUAUAAUCAAUAUAUUUAGAAAUUGAUACUAUUAAAAAGAUGUCGUAAAAUUUAGUUCAACCUAAAACAAUUAAAGGAGAUGAUGAAGGAAUUCCUGAAGGAUUGGAUUGA